AUGAGAACAUAUUCAAAAUUUGAACGACGUGUUCAGCUCGUGCUCAUAGUAUUAUAUAGCAUACAGAAAGAAGAAAACGGGAACGUACGAUAUUGGACUCAAUCUCCUCUACGGCUAGCAAGAAUUAUAGAUCUGUAUGCAUUUGAAAAAUCAGUACGGAGUAUUAAUCGUGCCCGACGAACAAGUUUAGCUCAGAGACCGACCAUUGUUGUUAUUUUAUUAUGUACGGUCAUUGAAUUUACAACCACGGUUACUGAUUUACCAUUGAUAACCAUCACGAAGUAUCUAUUAUGCCAAUAG